CACUACUAUAAACAUGUAGAAUGUAUCAAUUGAAUCUAUAAAGAUAAUAAGAUAUUGUUUAAUUCUCAACACCUCUCAAACACCACACCAAAACAAGGUGUAGGGAUAUGGCUUUAGUCAAGGUUGCUUUUGUGGUCGUCGUUCUUGCUUCAAUAGCUAGCAAUGGGCUUGGAUUCACGAGUAUAGCAAGAAAGACAGGUUCUGGUGAAUGUGUUGAAGAUGUUGAAUGCAACUCGAUUAUACCUUACUGCAAAGAAAUAGCCAUUUGUGGUAAUGGUGUUUGCAUGUGUGACCAGAUCAAAGAAAUCGUGAUUCCAAAAUGUAGAACCGAUGCUGAUUGUGGAAUACUACUUUGUUUUCCACCAUGCAAUCUUGUUCCAUAUUGUGACAUUAAAAGUGGUGUAUGUAAGUGGAAAUGACUUUAAGUCAUUAUUAGUGCAAAAUGAAUAAGUUCAAUGAUUAUUUAAUUUCAGUUUCAAUUCAA